GAUGAGAAAAAUCAAAUGAUGAUCACUAAUGUCUGGGUGAAACAAGAGUGGAAUGACUACAAGCUCUGCUGGAAUCCUAAGGAAUACGAGAAUGUCACCUCCAUGCACAUCCCAUCCCAGCUAAUCUGGAGACCAGAUAUAGUUCUUUACAACAAUGCAGAUGGUGAUUUCUCCGUGACCCACCUGACCAAGGCCCACCUGUUCCACGAUGGGCGCAUCAAAUGGGUUCCCCCAGCCAUCUACAAGUCCUCCUGCAGCAUCGACGUCACCUUCUUCCCUUUCGACCAGCAGAACUGCACCAUGAAGUUUGGCUCGUGGACCUACGACCGCACCAAGAUCGACCUAAUCAGCAUGGCGGGCAACGUGGACCAGAUGGACUACUGGGAAAGCGGCGAGUGGGUGCUGGUGGACGCCGUGGGCAACUACAACAUCAAGAAGUACGAGUGCUGCCACGAGGUCUACUCUGACAUCACCUAUUCCUUCAUCAUCCGGAGGCUACCUCUGUUCUACACUAUUAAUCUGAUAAUACCCUGUCUGCUCAUCUCCUGCCUGACUGUCCUGGUGUUCUAUCUGCCCUCCCAGUGUGGAGAGAAGAUCACCCUGUGUAUCUCUGUGUUGCUGUCUCUCACCGUCUUCCUCUUGCUUAUUACCGAGAUCAUCCCGUCUACCUCGCUGGUCAUCUCGCUCAUCGGGGAGUACCUCCUCUUCACCAUGAUCUUCGUCACCCUGUCUAUCAGCAUCACCAUCUUCGUGCUCAACGUGCACCACCGCUCGCAGCGCACGGACACCAUGCCCCGCUGGGUGCGCCGUGUCUUCCUGGAUGUCGUCCCUGGCUUCCUGUUCAUCCGGCGGCCCGCCGUGGUCAAGGACAACAGCAAGAAGCUGGCGGAGGCCAUGCCAAAGAGGGCCACGCUAUUGGGUGGGCUGGAGGCCAGCUUUCCUCCCACUUCCCCCCUGGAGGUCCAGGAGAUCCUGGCCCGCUCCCCUUCUCUUUCCCUGGGCCGACCCAUGGAGGGUUCCCUGCCCCCCAAGCUUCCCCAGCAACAGCAGCAGCCCCUGGACAGGUCCCCCAGCCAGUACUCCAUCCUCCUGGAGGAGCCGACCGCCUCGUCGCAGCCAGGCUGCUCUCCCUCUCCCCCGUUCCUCCACCCUCUCUACCUGCCCAGGGACAAGCACCACGCGGCCUGGCCCAAGAUGCGCUCCCUCAGCUUACAGUACGGCCUGGGGGAGAGGGAGCGCCCCCAGACCAGCGUCCGCUGUCGCUCGCGCAGCAUCCAGUACUGCUCCCUGCAUGAGGAGGCCUCCUCCAUGGGUAACGGCAUGCAGCGGCCUCUCUCUCAGCACCCGUCCCUGAUGGAGGAGAGGAAGCAGAGCUGCUCAGCUGUCUGCAAGUAUCACGCAGGCCUGUCCGAGGCAGCCAAAGCCAUGACCAAGGACCAGCGGCUCCUCGCCUUAUCCCCGUCCAUGAAGAUGGCCAUGGAAGGUGUGCAGUACAUCGCAGAUCACCUCCGUUCGGAGGAUAUCGACUUCUCUGUGAAGCAGGAGUGGAAGUACGUGGCUAUGGUCAUAGACCGGAUCUUUCUGUGGCUGUUCAUCUUGGUGUGUAUCCUGGGGACCCUGGGACUCUUCCUCCCUCCCUGGCUGGCUGGAAUGAUAGACCUAUCUGUCUGACACAAAACACUGCUGAAGCCAUUGACCCUAUACACACUCAAGUUGUACAACUGAUGAACAACUAAUUUUACACACAACUUUUUUCUGCACAAAACCGUUUUUCUGGACACUGCACAAUGGUUGUGUAAACACUUGUGUGCAGAAAAUAUCAGUUGUAUCACAACCAUUGUGUCAAAUGCAUUGUAUAUCAGUUGUAUCACAACCAUUGUGUCAAAUGCAUUGUAUAUGGUCCUGUGUAGCUCAGUUGGUAGAGCAUGGCGCUUGCAACGCC